AUGCUCGACGCGGUGCUCAACGAGCUGGCUCGUCGGAGACCAGCCAGCUUCGACGACUGUUCCGAACUCUCCCCCCUGUGCCCAGUCGAAGCCACCGUCCUUGGCUAUGUUCCCAACCGAGGAUCGAGCAUCUUCUUUGCUCUCGCGUUUGGUCUGCUGUGUAUCUCGAGUGUAGGACUGGGUGUGUGGAAAAAGACUUGGACGUAUGCUGCCACUCUUGGAGUAGGCUUACUCCUCGAGACACUAGGCUACAUCGGCCGAGCCCUCAUGAACCCCAACCCCUGGAACUCUGCCGCCUUCCAGCUCCAGAUCUGCUGCAUCAUCAUCGCGCCCACCUUCAUCUGCGCCGCCAUCUACCUCACCCUCAAGCACGUCGCCCUCGCCCUCAACCCCUCCCUCUCUCGCUUCCACCCUCGCUGGUACCCGCGCGUCUUCCUCCCCGCCGACCUGUCAUGUCUCAUCAUCCAGGCCAUCGGCGGUGGUGUCGCGGCAGCCGCAAAGAGGGACCAGCCUGGUGUUGCCCAGAGCGGUAACCGCACCAUCAUCGCUGGUGUCGUUCUCCAGGUUAUUGUCUUGCUGGGCUUUGGUGUCAUGGGCACUGAUUACUACCUGAGGGUGAGAAAGUACAUCCACAGUUCCGAGGUUGAUCCCGCGGCCUUGAGGGUUUGGACAGAUACCAAGUUCCGACGCUUCACAGUUGCUGUUAUUGGAGCUUAUUGUUCCAUCCUCAUCCGUUGCAUCUACCGAAUCGCCGAGAUGGCAGGCGGAUGGGGCAACCACAUCAUGCAAGACGAGCCCAGCUUUCUCGUCCUCGACAGCACCCUCGUCUUCGUCACAGGCUUCCUCCUGACCGCUUUCCAUCCAGGACUCUUCUUCCCCCAGAUGGCGACAGGCUUCAGCGAAAAGAAUGUGACCGAGGCCGAGAUGACAGCAGAGUCAUCUGACGAGAGAAAGGUUGAAAACUCUCAGACUGCGUAG